GAGUUUCCGGUUGUGAGGCUGGACAAGCUCAUUUUAGGUUACAGGCAUUUGCUUUCGUCCUUGGAAGGGGGCAGUUUUGACUUGCUGCAUCCAGUGGAAAGUACGGCCUGUUCCAACUGCAGCUGACAGCCGACGUUAGCGCUCCUAAUGUUUUCCAAACCUCAUCUGAGCUGUGAAGGCUUCAGUGUGAUGGCGCCACAGAAAAAAAAAAUAGAAAAAGAAUGAGACGAAAAGACAGACACGUACAGUGUUCAGCGAUUGAAAAGCGAUACUCGGACAAAAUAGCAGCCGGCACUUUUUUCGCGCUACCGGUGGGCACUAGCGACAUUUAGAUGAUGCAUUUUUGUGUCACAGGAAAGCGAGAAUCUUUUUGAUGCAUCGUAAGUGCAUUCGGUCCCCUCAGCGAUCACCGGUUGCGCAACAAGCGUAGGCCCCCAUGCUGUCAGAGUAUCGCGUUUCGAUCGCUGAUCACUAUAACAAGCGCCGAGCACGGCUGCUUGUGUAAAUUUUUUUUAAUUCGGAACAUUUCCCGCAAGGCAUAGGUAGUAAAACAUGAACAAGAAGGCAUUAAAUAAACGUAUGCAGCCUCGUGUGAUGCAGGCACUUCAGCAGAGAGUCCGCGCAACUGCUAUCCGCUAUCCAACGGGUAUAGUCAAUCUCGAACAUUAGGCUCUGGUGCGGAGGCUUCGUCGACGACUAAAUAUUUGAGAACCAUCGCUCAAGCGACUGCAGAAUGGCACCGGCGGACGACCACACGAUGCCGUUGUGAAGGGGAGGUGUGACUAACGAGCACCGCGAGUUUCCCGCUGCGUCUCAUUUGACGGUGACCUGCAGCGCCGCGCCGGCGCGCUGGAGCAGCUGGCGACGGUGAUACGGACGGCGCGCUAGGCCAACCUUGGCACAGUAUAGGCGCCGGAAGCUGUCGCCAUGAGCACGGAGGACGCUGUCGCAGAGCAGCUGAGCGCCAGCGAGCGCGCUACGCUCGACCAGUUCCGAGCGGCUGUGGCCGAUCUUUCAUUGCCAUGGACAGAAGACUGGUACUUGCUUAAAUGGCUUCGAGCCCGGAAGUUCAACGUGGACGAUGCGAAGAAAAUGCUGCAUGAGCACAUCGACUGGCGGAAACAGCACCAAGUGGACACCAUUCUGGAGGACUACGAAGUCCCUACGCUUUUCCUGCAGUACUGUCCGGGCGGCUUCGUCGAAUGUGGUCUCGGCGGUCAGCCUGUGUACAUAACACCCCUUGGCAGUACAGACAUAAAAGGUUUACUCGAAGCGGCACCACGCAGCGACUUGAUACGUCACCUCAUCUACAUACUUGAGACGCAAGAGGAGCUCAAGAGACGAAUUUCACUGCAGAACGGGGGCCGCCGUAUCGACACAAUGUACGUUGUGGCAGACAUGGAAGGGUUCUCCUUCUGGCAGCUUUCAUCAAUAGAAGUGGUGUCUGCGAUCUCUGAGGCAGUGCGGUUAUACGAGGCCAACUACCCUGAGAUUCUUGAAGAAGCAUUUGUCAUCAAUGCCCCCAGCUUGUUUCCCGUGCUGUGGAACAUCGUCAAGCCUUUGCUGUCUCAGAGGACAAUAAGCAAAGUUAACAUCUUUGGAAAGGAGGGCUGGCGAGAUGUGCUGGCCAGCCGCUUCGACGUGGAGCGGCUUCCCGCUCACUGGGGCGGCCGGCUGAGGGGACCCGACGGCGAUGGACGCUGCACGAAUCUGAUCUGUCCAGGAGGCCCCGUGCCGGACAAAUACAGAAAAAAAUGGUCUGGAACUGAAGGAACUCGGUCAUGCACCAUCGCAGCUGGAUCCAGCUGGUCGCUACCGGUGUCUGUGAAGCAGGCUGGCUCCGAGCUGCGAUGGAAGUUUGGCACGGCAGUCUGGGGACUUGACGUUCUCUGUGCGAUUCAGGCCUUCCGGAAGCGAGGCGGAUGGAGGAGAAACACGUGACGUGGUGGCUCCCAGGAGGCUUCCCUCCUCCCCCCGUGCGCCACACAGCGGCAGCCUCCGUUGCCACGAGCCCGGAACUUAUGAGCUGGUGUUCGACAAUUCCUUCAGCUGGCUGACGCGCAAGGAGCUCAGCUACAGCGUGCAGCUGCUGCCUCCAGCGGCGGAGCGAAGCAAGGCAGAAGAUGGCGCAAGAGCAGUCGUCGAAUGAGACUGUUCGGUGGCUGGUCCACCGAAUUAGUAGAGGGUUUAUGGCCACAUUAAUAAUGAGUAUUCAUGCACGUUUAUUGCUCGACUCGAGCGCGGUGCAGCAGCGUUGAGUUCCAUGAGGUUAUAAAGAUCUCGCGAGCAAUUUUGUGCAGCUUUUUGAAAACUGUGCGCGUGCUCUAAAGGAAAUACUCACUUCAGCUACCUGGUGUACUCAGCGCACGUGCGCACCUCUUUCGUGGAUUGAUUGAUUGAUUGAGUUUCUUGAUAUUGGAACAAUGGCGUCUUCAGUCGUCGAACUUUUCUUAAUAUUAGAGGAUUUUCAUACGAAAAUGAAAUUAUAUAAAUACCAAUAAAGGGCGAAGCAACGAAAC